UUUUCCAAUCAUUGCCCAUCUCUUCUCUUGUCCUCCCCCCCCCCACCUUCCCCAUUUCAUCCGCUCCCUCCCUUUCUCGCUUUCAUCGUCUCCCUCGCUGACGGACCAUAACAUCUGACUGUCCUCUGGCUGUCUCAGUCGGAACCACGCCUUCAAUAAGAUGUUCAACUCGAAAUCUAGCUCCGUCUCCCCGUCUCCUUCCAUGGAUCCAGCAGAAGCAGACAAUUUUGAUAUCAGAACUAAGGUGCAGCUGCAAGGGGUGCUUUGGAAAAGACCAUUCGGGAGACAAUCGGCAAAGUGGUCCAGAAGGUUUUUCAUAAUAAAGGACAGCUUUUUGCUUUACUAUGCUGAGAGCGAAAGGAGAAACUUUGAAAGCAACAGAUACUUUAACAUACACCCCAAGGGUGUAAUACCUCUAAGUGGAUGCAGGGUUGAUGCCAAGGAAGAGUCAAAUAUGCCGUACGCAAUUAAGAUUUCCCAUGAGGACUUUCAUGGAAACAUCCUUCUGGCAGCAGAAUCUGAGCUGGAACAGGCUCAAUGGCUGGAAAUGCUGCAGGAGUCUGGGAAGGUGACUUGGCAGAAUGCUCAGCUUGGGGAAGCCAUCAUUGGAAGUUUAGAAGCUCAAGGUCUGCAACUUGCUAAGGAGAGACAGGACUAUUUCGAUAAGCUAAUGGAGGAGACAGAGGAACUGUGCUCACAACGUGAACAGAAAGAGGAGCUGGAGAAGGUAAACCAGGUUCUGGAGUCUGAGAAGAGUCGAUUCGAGGACUUGGUGCACGAGCUGAGACUGGAACAGGAACAGAUCAAGCAGGAACUAGAACUUACUAUUCACUGUCUGAAAGGAGUAGGGGAAGAGAAGCAAGAACUCUGCAGCCUGACACAGCAUCUUCAGAGAACAAUGGAGGAGCUGUCUAUUGAGAAGCAGAGGACUUUGGCAAUAAUGGAAACUGGUCAGAAUCACCUACAGGUGUCCACUAUCGAGGCUCCCAAGCAGGGUCUUCAUGACAACCUACAGCAUAUCGAGUGCAAGCUUCAGACGUUACUGCAAGAGAAGCUGCAGGCCGAAAGCAGGAUCAAGGAAAAUGAGGAAAGAUUCCGCAUAUUGCAAGAGGAGCGAGCAUUCUACAUUUCAGAGUCCCAGGCGUUACAGCACUCCUUGGCGGAACUAACUGCAGAGAAAGAACAAACAGAAAGAGAGCUUAAGGUGCAGAUGAAGAUUCAGUUGGACCUUGAACAAAGAUUAAGAGAAGCAGAGGAGGCUCUUAAGAGGCUGGAAAUGGGGCUGGACUCGGCCGUGAUGAAUCGGGAUAAGGAAGAGAAGAUGAGGGCCGAUGUCAGUCACUUGAAGAAGUUCUUUGAAGAAUGCAUCAGGAAUUCCGAGAUCGAAGCGAUGAAACCCGCGAUUAUGAAAAACUCGGUGUAUCUGCCGAAAUCCGCUGCCAGGCGCAUCAAGAGCUGCCGCUUCAACCACCAGAGCCCCGGCUUGGCGAGAUUGAAGCACUCUCACUCCUUCUUGAUGUCGCAGGCCGAGCCAGGCAGCAUCCAGAACAUUAAAGAAGCUGCCAGGAAUCUGAGUAGAGACCAACAAUUCCGAGAAAAGCUCUACCAAAUCAUCACGAAACAGGAAGCCUCCCAGGGGGCUGGAAAGUGA